AUGAUAAUCCCAAUCUGUGGCCAUUAGUGCACUGAGAGAACGAGCAAGGAGAGUUCAACAGAAAGAGAGAGAGAGAGAGAGAGAGAGAGAUAGUGGAGUGCCUGGACAGAGAUGCACACAGAGGAAAAAGGAGAGAGAGAGAGAGCUUUUAAGGGAUUUGGCAGUGAUUUGUAGAAUCUCACCGCUGUAAUGUUGUGCUUUUCCUCCACUUUUCUGUAAUUCUGCAAUGAUACUGUACCCUGACGCCUCAAAAGUCAGUGUGUUCAUAUAGUCUUUAUAAAUCACAACUGCUUCCUUUUUUACACCAUUGUUUUUAGUGUUGUGGUUAUUUUUGAGAGUGCAGAGCGGCUGUCUGAGAUGACAGAGGAUUUACUUUUGGUGAGGAGAGCAAAGCCUUGCCUCUAGAUAAAUAAUCACAUUUCGGACCAUGGAUGAAGGCCGGUUUGGAAUAGCACAUGUGAUGGAUAAAAUCAAGACUGGUCAAUGAAGAAUGGACGGGUGUCAAAGGUAGAGGGAGUGGCCUGGUCCUGUCAGUACCUCUGCUGGUCAUCAUGAUGACAUCAGAGGCCCGCUCAUCCCAUCGGUGCUGCUGGCUCAGUUCACCUUUCACAUACCAAACAUGGCUUCAGCUGAUAUGGGUGCUCCUGUUGGGUGUCAGCCCGGGCUCUUGGGCCCAGCAGGGCACCCAACCCCAGUCCAUCAAAAUUGAGGGUGACAUCACCUUGGGCGGGCUGUUCCCGGUGCACUCUCGGGGGCCUGCUGGUGUGCCCUGCGGGGAGAUCAAGAGAGAAAAGGGGAUCCAUCGAUUGGAGGCCAUGCUUUAUGCCUUGGACCAGAUAAACAGCGACCCAGACCUUCUGCCUAACAUCACUCUGGGGGCCCGGAUCUUGGACACCUGCUCCAGAGACACCUACGCCCUAGAGCAGUCGCUCACCUUUGUCCAGGCCCUCAUCCAGAAGGACACCUCAGAUGUGCGCUGCUCAAAUGGAGAGCCUCCCAUCAUCCCCAAACCAGAGAGGGUGGUCGGGGUGAUUGGGGCGUCUGGCAGCUCGGUGUCCAUCAUGGUGGCCAAUGUGCUCAGAUUGUUUUCAAUCCCCCAGAUCAGCUAUGCCUCCACUGCCCCAGAGCUGAGUGACAAGAGCCGCUACGAGUUCUUCUCCCGUGUGGUGCCUCCUGACUCCUACCAGGCCCAGGCCAUGGUGGACAUAGUCAAAGCCAUGGGCUGGAACUACGUCUCCACGCUGGCCUCCGAGGGCAACUAUGGAGAGAGCGGUGUAGACGCCUUCCUCCAGAUAUCCAGAGAAGCAGGUGGGCUGUGUAUUGCACAGUCCAUAAAGAUUCCCAGAGAGCCCAGACCAGGGGAGUUUGAGAAGAUCAUCAAGAGGCUGAUGGAGACCUCUAAUGCUCGUGGGGUCAUCAUCUUUGCAAAUGAGGAUGACAUCAAACGGGUGUUGCAGAGUGCCAAAAAGGCCAACCUGACAGGCCACUUUCUGUUUGUUGGCUCCGACAGCUGGGGAGCCAAAAACUCCCCCAUUCAAGACCAGGAGGAUGUGGCUGAGGGCGCUGUCACCAUCCUGCCCAAAAGAGCCUCUAUUGAUGGGUUCGACCAGUACUUCACUUCAAGAUCUCUAGAAAACAACAGAAGAAACAUCUGGUUUGCAGAAUUCUGGGAGGACGACUUCAAGUGCAAACUUACACGCCCUGGCAUAAAGUAUGAACUUGGUAGAAGAAAAUGUACAGGUGAGGAAAGAAUCAGUCAACACUCUCAGUACGAACAGGAGGGCAAAGUGCAGUUUGUGAUUGAUGCUGUGUACGCCAUGGCCCACGCCUUACACAGCAUGCACAUGGACCUGUGUCCCGGCUCCAUGGGUGUCUGCGAGAAGAUGGACCCUGUGGAAGGACAGAUGCUGCUCCAAUACAUUCACUCUGUCAACUUCAAUGGCAGCGCAGGAACUGGAGUGAUGUUCAAUGAGAAUGGAGACGCUCCUGGUCGUUACGACAUUUUCCAGUACCAACUGUCUAAUGUGAGCAACCCCGGCUACAAGGUUAUCGGCCAGUGGACCAACCACCUUCGUCUCAAUCCGGAGGAGAUGCAGUGGUCAGGUGGUGAUCGUAAUAUCCCUGAGUCGGUAUGCAGUUUCCCCUGUGAGUCUGGAGAGAGGAAAAAGAUGGUGAAGGGUGUUCCCUGCUGCUGGCACUGCGAGCUCUGCGAUGGCUACCAGUACCUGCUGGAUGAGUUCUCCUGCGACAUGUGCCCCUUCGACAUGAGGCCCUUAAAGAACCGCACAGGCUGCCGGAUCACGCCCAUCGUCAAGCUGGAGUGGAGCUCUCCCUGGGCCAUCAUCCCCGUCUUCCUGGCCAUCCUGGGCAUCCUGGCCACCACCGGAGUCAUCGUCACCUUCAUCCGCUUCAACGACACGCCCAUCGUUCGGGCCUCCGGCAGAGAGCUCAGUUACGUGUUGCUGACGGGCAUCUUCCUCAUCUACCUCAUCACCUUCCUCAUGAUAGCUGAGCCCAGUGUGGCCGUGUGCGCCUUCCGCAGGCUGCUGCUGGGGCUCGGCAUGAGCAUCAGCUACUCUGCCAUGCUCACCAAGACCAACCGCAUCUACCGCAUCUUCGAGCAGGGGAAGAAGUCAGUCACGCCCCCGAAAUUCAUCAGUCCCACCUCUCAGCUUAUUAUCACCUUUAUACUCAUCUCAGUGCAGUUACUCGGGGUGUUCAUCUGGUUUGGUGUGAUGCCCCCUCACACCAUCAUCGACUACGAGGAGCAGAAGCCCCCAAACCCAGAGUUUGCCCGCGGAGUCCUUAAGUGUGACAUGUCCGACCUGUCCCUCAUCUUGUGUCUGAGCUACAGUAUCGUACUGAUGAUCACCUGCACUGUGUACGCUAUCAAGAGCAGAGGAGUUCCUGAGACCUUCAACGAGGCCAAACCCAUCGGCUUCACCAUGUACACGACCUGCAUCAUCUGGCUGGCCUUUGUACCUAUCUUCUUUGGAACAGCGCAGUCUACGGAGAAGAUGUUCAUCCAGACCACCACCCUGACCGUGUCCAUGAGCCUGAGCGCCACCGUAUCCCUGGGCAUGCUCUACAUCCCCAAGGUCUACGUCAUCAUCUUCCACCCGGAGCAGAACGUCCAGAAGAGAAAGCGCAGCUUCAAAGCCGUGGCGCAGGCAGCCACCGUGUCCACGAAUCUGUCCCAGAAGUCAAACGGAGAGUCCAAGAUCGUGCCAGACAGAUCACAGUGAAACAAAUAAAACUGGGUCCAUGUUUUCAUCUUCUAAUGUCACAAGCACUCACUGAGACGCCUGAUAAAAAAAUAAAUCAGCAAUUACUUUUUUUUACUUUAGCUUCGGCUGGAUUGUCUUUUCUUCCCCUUUACUGGGGAUUGAAAAACCAGCAAAGACGUUCUUGGAUGUUGUUUCUUUUUACAUUAAUUUAGGUAACUCAGAUCUUCUGAAACUGGAAGAAGAAAACACAAAAGGAAACCGAAAUGCUAACACUUAAAAUGGACAGCUUUUUAGUACACUUAAACAAGAAGUGGAAGGACAUUGAGCUGUCCUGAAAUGGACUGGCUUAAGAUUUUUUUCUUCUUUUGUAACAUCCACAUAUGCACCUCAACUUGACUGAGGAGGUAUUGUUAGUUUUAACUUUCCCUGGGAAAUGCUGUUUAGGAAAAAAAGAAGUUAAGUUUAAAUGCCGACCUUUGCCCUACAGGAAGAUGUAAAUGUAUAGUAUGUGGUAUCCCUUGGGGUCAAUGAAGCGUUGUUUACUGGCUCCAAAAGCACUGCAUGAAUUGUGUUUUAUGUGUACAUGAACAAUUUGAGAUAUUGUUUGUACGGGGUGUUGUGAUGUUCUCUUCUGAUUGCACUGGAAGGAACAAGCUUUUAGAAUACACCACCAUGUCCUGUUACUAUUUCUGAUAAAGUCCCCCGGGCAGCUAUAAUGACCAACUUUAUCAUAAUCACCCAUAGUAGAAUCAUUCAAUGUCCAAUCACUAAUACAAAGCAUGUUAUUUAAAUUAAGUUGCGUAUGCAAUUAUUACGAUAAAAGCUGAUUUUCAUUGUGGAAAUGGUAAGUCCAUGGGUGCAAACAGGAUACAAGUGAUAAUGAGCAGGAUAUUUAUGUUCUACCUGGUACUUUUACUGCUCUGCAGUGGAAAACAAUGUUUGGCAUUUCCCCAUAUUGUUUGUCAAAAAUAUCAAGCAAUCUCCUCGAAGGCCAGCCUGUAAGGCAACAUGACAAGCUACGGUUUUGUUCAUAAAUGGGAACCGUGUCAGAAAGCUUCACGUCAUCAGUUGCAAUGGAUUGAUUUUGUGCCAUUCAAAGUCCUCCAUCACUACAAGUACUCAUUUCUGUACACAUAAUUCAUUUAAUGAGGCAACUCCUAAAAUUACCAACAGUCCCGCAUUUGCCAGGAUAUGAUUUGCAGUGUACUUUUUGUUACUUGAUCAUAAUGCACAACUCAGGUUUUACCGAAGGGGUUUUAAAUAACGUUUUUCUUGAGGAUUUCCUACUGUACUGGCGAAGCCUUUUUUAAUACAAAUGGAUUAAGCAUU